CCACUGAUUUCCUUUUUAUUGUUGUUGCUAGUUACUAUUACUAUUAUACUACUAUAAUGCUGAUGACUUUACUAUGAUGAUAUGUUGGUGAUAGUGAUGAUAAUGACACUGCUGAUUUUUAACCGGAUGAAAUCAAGUUUUUCUGAGUGUUCCUGACUGAGCUGGGUUUUUACCCUUUGUGAGACACAGCGAGGUUUUUAAAAUUUUUAAGUGGAUCGAUCGUGCUAACUCUUUCCCCCUCCCCCCCGACUGCUGAGAGCGGAACCCGGUUUCUCCUGAACUGUUUUAGAGCGUCUCUGGAAGUCUGUUUUUUUUUUUUAUUAUUUUUUUUAUUAUUUUUUAUUUUUUUAAUUUUUAAUCUUUCGUUUGUGCCAUUUUUAAACUGUUGCUGCCAUAUGAUGUCUGUGGUGCCGGUCGCCUGUGGGGGCGAUGGCCCUUCCCCAAACAGCCCCCCCCUCCUCCUGUCCCCCUUUUUCCCCCCCCCUUCCCUGAAACCCCUCGUCCCGCUCUCUUCCUCUACGCCAUCCCUCCCUCGAAACAACCCACCGCUACGUCACGGAUGCCCUGGAGCGACGGCAGCCACCCGGAGUCACCCGCGGAGCAGAUAAACCCUUCCCGGGCCAUGGUCCUCGCCACCCUUGAGCCAUGGCCAGCAACGUCACCAACAAGACCGAUCCGCGCUCCAUGAACUCGCGUGUCUUCAUCGGCAACCUUAACACGCUGGUGGUGAAGAAGAGUGACGUGGAGGCCAUCUUCUCCAAGUAUGGCAAGAUCGUGGGCUGCUCCGUGCACAAGGGCUUUGCCUUCGUGCAGUAUGUCAACGAGCGAAACGCCCGUGCCGCUGUGGCGGGCGAGGAUGGCCGGAUGAUCGCGGGCCAGGUCCUAGAUAUUAACCUGGCGGCCGAGCCGAAGGUGAACCGGGGCAAGGCCGGUGUCAAGCGGUCGGCGGCGGAGAUGUACGGGUCAGUAGCUGCGCCACCUUCUCCGUCCCCUCUAGUCAGGUCCUCAUUUGACCUGGACUACGACUUCCAGAGGGAUUACUAUGACAGGAUGUACAGCUACCCGGCUCGCGUGCCGCCACCACCUCCCAUCGCGCGGGCCGUGGUGCCCUCCAAACGCCAGCGCGUCUCCGGCAACACGUCCCGCCGGGGCAAGAGCGGCUUUAACUCCAAGAGCGGCCAGCGAGGGUCUUCCUCCAAAUCUGGAAAGUUGAAAGGCGAUGACCUGCAGACCAUCAAGAAGGAGCUGAGCCAAAUCAAGCAGAAGGUGGAUUCGCUGCUGGAGAGCCUGGAGAAGAUCGAGAAGGAUCAAAGUAAACAGACGGAGCAGAAGAACGACAAGUCGGAAGAGGAGCAGAGCAGCAGCUCCGCAAAGAAGGAGGAAAGCAAUGUGAAGAUGGAGUCAGAGGCGGGGGCGGACGAUUCUGCCGAGGAGGGGGAUCUGCUGGAUGACGACGACAACGAGGACCGGGGAGACGAUCAGCUGGAGUCCAUAAAGGGGGACGAGAAAGAGGCAGAGGAAGGAGAGGAUGACAGAGACAGCGCCAAUGGCGAAGAUGACUCCUAAGCUCCUUCCUGCCCUCCUCCUCCCAGCAAAAGCACCCAUCUGAAAAAACAAGCCGGUGCCCGGCCCCGUUCCCGCCUCCUUGCUGCCCGCUCCCAUGUGUUCAUGGUGUUGUGUCUCCCGCCGCCCUGCCCGCUCUCACUGUAGUUCUGUUAAGUCCACCUGUAAUUUUCCUCUUUUAAUUUUGAUACCUCUUUAUGACUUAACAAUAAAAGGACGUAUGGUUUUUA